AUGCAGCUACUUUCGCUUGUCGGUUAUUACAAGUCCCGGAGCAGAGCUCCCCGGGCCGUGUGGUUCACUAAGACGGACGUUUUCGGCCACCCCUCCAGCUCUUUAGACGCCCUCGGGGGACCCCGACCCGGCCUGCUGAACCCUCAGCUCAGCGGCGGCCGCUCGCUGCAGGUGGCUUCAGACUGGGAAGCGGGCUCCCUCCUCCGGGACCCUCCCCCGUGCAGAAAAAGGUGGAAAAGGAAGCCCUCCCCUGUGGUAGACGGCGAGGCUUUGGGGGCCGUCCUGGAGCCGCUGGUGGUCCGGGUCAAUGAGAGCACCCCGGAGGUGGUGCAGGGCGUCCUCCCAGAGUGCGGCUGGGACAAGUUCUAUAAGUGGGAGCAGAGCAGGGAGAACUGGAACCUGUACGUGUGGGCAUCCUCAUUCCGCAUGGCCGAGCACGCCCACAUCAAGCCCUGGCAGGGCCUGAACCUACCGGGCACCACCGAGCUCACCAGGAGGGACCACUUGGCCCAACAGAUGAAGCACAUGGAGCGGCUGUAUGGCUCCCCCCUCUACGAGUUCCUGCCCCCGACGUGCGUCACGGCCACUGACCACGGCAAGCGUGUGGCCCGGUGCUUCAGGGAGAAGCAGGUGCCGGGCGCCCAGCGCAGCUACUGAUGUAAGGCUGCCCCGCUGUCUCGAGGGAGCGGAAUAAUCCUUUUCAGCGACGGCAAAGACUUGAUGAAGUACAUCUGCCACCCUCUGCUCGUGGGGCACAAAUGUGGCCUCCGCGUUCACGUUUGUGUCACUGGCUUUAAGCCGCUGACCAUCUCUGUCUACCGGGCAGGGCUGGCGCGCUUUGCCACGGAGAAGUUUGACCUCAGUAACUUGCAGAACUGUUACGCCCGCCUGACCACCAGCAGCAUCAGUCAGUCUGGGGCCUCGUAUGAGCAGGUCAAGGAGGUGGGAGGCAGCGGCUGCAAGUGGACCCUCAGCCACUUCUUCUUGUACCUGUGCAGCUGCAGUGUGGACCGCCGGCCUCCGUGGCCGAAAAUCAGCCACGUGGUGAUCCUCACCGUGCUGGCCAUCGCGCCCUCGGUCCCCUUCGCGGCCAACCGCUUCGAGUUCUUUGGAUUGGAUAUUCUUUUUUUUUUUGCUAUUUCUUUGUGGCUGUUAGAGGUCAGCUGCCGCCCGGCCGUGUCCCUGGCCUGUCCAACAGACGUCUCGGUGAAGAGGAAACUUAUCCACGACACCACUGAGCUGAUCCACCUGCACGCCCUCAGGAAUGAGAGAAAGGAGAGCCGUCGGGGGGCGGGGGGCAAAUGGAAGUUCCCGUGUCUCCCUGGCUCGUAGAGAUGAAGGGCGUCAGGCAGCACCUGCAGCCCUCUGCCCUACGAGUCUCUCUCACAAUUCGCCAGCAGACAAACACUUCAUAAGGAAGGAUCGGCUGCAAAGAAAGCAGUAAGAAUGUGCCCUGAAAAUGAACACACCUCCCAGCCCAGAGGAAGAGGGACCAGGAAGAAGAAAGCUCUCGUAGCAACAAGCGAGCCUCCCAAAGCCAGGGCCAGGCACCCGGCCCGCACGACGUUCCUCCCCCGCGUGUCGCUUGAACCGACCUGCAGCUGCAAGGCCGGCGUCGCCCUGUGCGUCCAGCCCAACAGCCUGGUGCCCGAUCUCCAGGCAGGCAACCUUGUUCUCAUUUUCCCCUUCAGUGAAGCGACUUUUGGAGCUUCCAGGGAUGUGAAGGUCAAAAGAGCAAUCCUAGAGCUCCAGAAACUAAUAAAUCAGCAACACUCCCAAGUGGCAGAAAGGAAAAUAAAAAGAACGUAA